GUGAGUGUGCCUUUGCUUUUGAUAAUGCCUUAUAUAAUAUUUUUUGAAACAGAUAAUGCUUGUGUGAUGCAUGUAAGGUUUUAGUUCUGAAGACAACAAGUUCUUGUUACUUACUGGAAUUUUUAUGUAUUAACAGCUAUAGAGCCGCCAUUUGGCAAUAGAAUAGAACUUCUGAUAAUUCAAUAAGCGAUUGUGUGCCUAGUGUACCGCGUUUAUAAUAGGUCAAGCGUACUGUGACGAAUGACGACAACUGGACAUUAACAGAAAGAUAUCGGAUGCGGUGCACUUUAAAGGAUAAUCAGUGACAUUUCAUAUUUCGUUUAACCGAUAAGCAAAAUUACUGAAAGAAGUCAUCAAAACGCCUGUUUGAACGCGCUCGGUCAUGAUAUCAUCAGUCCAAUGGAUGGCAAAAUUUGGCUGUUUCGGUGGCUAUUUUCUGAGUGAAUUGAUAUCACUGACUCCCCAGCCGUGUUAUUACGUAUUGUAUGAUGUUGGUUCGACAGCAUAAAGAUCUCCUUUUAAAAUAAUGCGAGCGAAGGUAAAUACGAUACAACGCUCCACGCAGUCUCAGAUUCCCGAUUUUGCCAAUUGUUUCAUUCUAAUUAAUUGUAUUGUACAUCUGUAUCAACAUAUACAGCGCGGUCUGCUACCGUAUACGACACCAUUAAUCUUUAGCAGAAGCCGUUGACCAGCGGCGAAGCAAAUUGCAUCGCGGACCAUUUUAUUCGUUUGCCAGUUAGUUGGGUGGUACUUGUCUAGACAUUUUACGCAAGACGGAGUGGCACCAGUGCUUUCGCAGUUGGAUGGGAAAGUUGAUUCUGGUCCUGAAAUCUUACCGGCCCGCAUCUUGUUUAAAGCCCAUAUCGACAUAAUCAUUCAGUGAUUGUUUUGCCGGUGCCAAGAGAAUCAGCAUAUAUGUAUGGCAUGCUGUUGUCCAAGCCAUUUUGCUUUUGCGGCAGUUUUGCUGUAUGCGGAUUAAUAAGUUUAUCCCGUUUCUAGUGGAAAAAAUGGAUAUUAAUACCAGUGCGUUUUUUAUAUGGCGGACAAGCGAGAGAAAACGGUUGCUGUUUGCUUUCCUCAUUUUUUCCUGCGUUAAAGCUGCUUGUUCAACAGAAAGACACAACUUUGUGUUAGCUGCAACAAGCUCGGACGAAGUCACAAACUGUGAUAUCGAUUGCUCAAAAGAACCAAAGCGGGCUAUAUGUGGAAGUGAUGGAAGGACGUACGCUUCACAAUGCGAGCUGGACCGAGAAAUUUGUGAAGGUCACCCUGUGCGAUUUAAACAUCCAGGAGAAUGUCCAGAGUCGAAAAGAUGCCAUAUGGAACGACUACAUGCUCAAGAGAUGGCACAGAAGCCGACAGCCGGGGUUUUUAUCCCUGAUUGUGAGCCAGAUGGGGCUUACGCUAGCGUACAGUGCCACACCGGCACAGGAUAUUGCUGGUGUGUUACGCGUAACGGGCGACCGAUUCCGGGGUCGUCGGCUCGUUUCGAAAGGCCGCACUGCGCACACUAUUUGAAUGCCAACAGUCACAAGCGAUCGUCCCGCGGAAGAAAGGCGCGGCGUAGUUGUGGCGUGGAUGACCGGCAGCUCUUCAACAGAAAUAUGGUGCAUAUAUUUGGAUCCGAGUACAACAGGACACAAGAAAGCCGCAACGCCACAGCAAAUAUUUCCCUGGAUCUGCGCAUCGUUCGGUGGAAGUUUGCUCAGUUAGAUCUGGACCAGAAUCGAGCGUUAAAUAAAUCCGAAUUGAGAGAUCUGAGGAGAAUGGUCAAAAAGAUUAUUCGACCACGCCCUUGUGCUAGAACAUUUGCACAGUACUGUGAUUUGGAUCAAAAUAAAAACAUCACACAGGAAGAAUGGACAGUGUGUCUGGGAGUUACCAAUACUAUUGGAAAAAGCGGAGGCUCUCCAACAGCUGUUGUGUCCAGCCAACCUCCUCGGGAUUCGAUUUUGACCAUAACGGUCCGGCCGACAGCGUCGCUCAUGUUCACGAAUAAACCGCCCGUGGGAAAGCAAGUUUUCGAGUUAUUUACCAGAGAUCCAAAAACUAACCGACUUACAGCGUCAUGGAAGUCGAAAUUCGGCACUUUGGACAGUGGGUUAAGCGGCAUCGACUUCUUGCAGGAGGUAGUGCCGACGAAUUCUUCUGCCAGAAAGCGAGAUCCUUUGUUAAAGAAAAAAAAGCCUAACUGUGCAGCUGAACGAAGCAAGGUUUUACUUAACAAACGAAGAAAUCCUUCGGCCACCUAUGUCCCGGAAUGUGAUGCCAGUGGCAACUACGCCAAAGUUCAAUGUCAUGCCGCAACAGGUUUCUGUUGGUGUGUCUAUCCGGAGAACGGCAAACCCAUUUCCCAGACAUCCAGGCUCAAUGCUCGGCCCGACUGCAAUAUUCAGCGACCGCUGAGAGGUUGCCCUGGUGCCCGGAAAGAUAAUUUCCUCGCUAAUCUGACUGCCUACCUUAUCCAGGAAAUGACGAGUUCGAUAAUCAGAAAUCAAAGCAAGGCCGUCGAUAUUCAGUAUACCAAAAACGAUGCUCUUCGAUGGAAAUUUCAGAAUCUAGAUACGAAUGGAAAUGGGAUACUGGAACGGUCUGAGUGGCGUCCGUUCAAAGAACAUAUGAUGACCAGCGAAGGGCUCCGCAAAUGUGGUAGGGGAUACAUGCGACACUGUGAUACGGACGACAACAAAAGGAUAAGCGUAGAAGAAUGGCUAAGAUGCGCCACUUCGCCGGCCCAAAGUGAACGUCGCGCAUCAAUUCAUAUUAAAAGACUCGGCCCGAAUCCUUUGGAAAAAUAUUUGAAACCGGAUUAAAUGUACCAAAGAUACUUUCCAGAUCAAAGAUUUUUUAGUUAUAUAUUUAUUUUCUAAACUGUCUUGUUUUCUUUUCUGGCCUGCCACACAGUGUGAACGAAAUUCGCACCGAUUGCUUACUUUACUUUCUAUCCUUCGUGUGCAAAUCGCAAUUCAAUGAUCUCUUUAUUUCGUAAUUAAUGGACUUAAAUGUCUCGCCGGUUUCGAUAUAUUAAUAAUUUGUUGAUAUUUCUUUACUGCAAAACAUGAAGCGAUGUACUGUACAGUAUCCGAAUAAGUAAAAAAUC